ACUGCUACUCACCAUAAAGUGAGCAAUCCACCAAAUGGGACAUUUGAUUUGUGUAUUCCAGUGAUGAAUUUUAAUUAUCUCUCUUUUGUCGAACCAAUCGAACUUGCAAUUCGAAUGAAGUAUUUCAUUUAAAAUUUAAAACACACAAUGAGACAGCAAAAACGCUGAAUGUGCUCGACAAUUUCCUUCGCAGUUAUAAUUUUUUUCAAAUAUUGUGAACGGUGCAUAAGAGCUUUCAACUCCAGCUGAUGAUUACUGUCAAAUUUCAAAGUAAAAAAAAAAGUCAGUUUUAUAAUAACCUCACAAUGUUUACAUAAACAAAUAUGUUCAUAUUCAUUCUGUGAUCAAAAGAAAAACACCGAAAGCAAGAGACAGAGCAGCAGCAGCAACGCGCGACUACCGAAAAAAAAAGUUUCAUCGGUAUGACUACGUUUCUUAUAUAAGCAAAUAGAAAAUAAUGUAAAAUUUUUGUGCGAAAUUUUGAAAAGAAUUUAGUUACUGCGACGCAGAAAUAAUUGUUGAAUCGAAAAAACUGUGAAAAUUUAUUUGUAUUGAUGUAAUGGACAAAAGAAGAGUGGAAAAAAAAGAGUUCAAAAGCGCAAACAAGUGAAUGUGAAAAAAGGUGUGAACCACGUCGUACAUUGAAUUAGUUGUCAAAGUGUGUGCUUGCGGUGGCUCGUAAUUUUCGGUUAAAUCACAAGUAGUUGUGACGUUGAUGCGGCUUUAUUAAUGAAUUCAUACGAAGAUAAUACGAUCGGCUUGGAUGAUCGAAAUGAAUACAAACAAAUACUACCAUUGGUUCGUGUCGAACCAAACAAAGAAAAUAAUUUGGACGACAUUUUUGCACUGAUCGUCAGCAAAGAGGCAAAGAAAAAUGAUAGAACCGACAGCGAUAAACUUACGCAACAAGAUUUAUGUAAAUUGGAUAGCUUUGGAACAUCGUUGGCGAGCGUGGAAAAAUUACUCGAGGCACAAUGCUGUUUCGAAAAGAUCCUAUCGAUUGAUGCCAAUUAUUUGAAAUCAUAUCAGAAUUUGGACAAUGUAAAAAAUCAACUGGUGGAGCGGUGGCAUUUUGGCAUGCUAAACGACUCGGACCGCAAUCGAAAAUACAAAGCAGCUAUUGGAAAAGCGAUUCAGCAGCGCAACCAAGUCAGUGUAUUGGAUAUUGGAACUGGGACAGGACUUCUGGCAUUAUAUGCACAUGAAUUAGGUGCCGCACAGACAGCAGCCUGCGAAUGUUCACCGCUUAUGUGCCACAUUGCAUCAGAAUCGUUUCGUCGAAAUGGAUACGGUGAUCAAAUCAAACUGAUACCGAAGCAUUCCACCAAAUUGGAUGCACACAGCGAUUUAGGUGGGAAGGUCGAUUUGAUUGUGACGGAGACAAUGGAUUGUGGAGUGUUUGGUGAAGGACUACUCGAUACGCUUAUUCAUGCCAAAGAAAGUCUUCUCAAAUCCAAUGGUUUGAUUAUACCAGCGCGAGUUAGACUGUUUGUGGCCGGAUUUCAAUCACGACAAUUAGCAAUGGAACAGAAUGUGGUUAACUCAAGUUGCUUUACAGACACUAUUUAUGUGCAGAACUAUAGCCUUAGCUCGAAUAACCGAGAACCGUACGAUGCAUGUCACAUUGAUCAACUCAAGGAUUUCAAAUUGAUUACAAAAGUCGAAGAAGCGAUGAACGUGAAUUUGAACAAUUUAGACGAAUUAUAUGCCCUCAUGAAUGGUGAACUGAAAAUGAAUGUACGAUUGGCUUACAUUACGCCCGAGUCUAUUUUAGAUGGAUUUUGUGUUUGGUUCGAAAUAUCUCUUGAUCCAGAUGAUACGAUAAAAGUCAAUACAGACCCAUUAAACCGUGAUGCAUCGAUUGGAGAGCAGCCAGGUUGCUGGGAAACUGCCAUUUUCCGUUUGAAACAUCGAUUCACCAACUCACAAAAGCUACAAAAUCUCAAUGUUACCGUUUCCGCAGCGAAUGGCAUACUCAAAAUUGAUCACUAUUACGACGCCUAUGGUAAAACCUAUUCGGGAUUGACUAGCGAAAUGGUGAAAUUUUUAAAUGACACUGAACUGAUCAACGCACUCGAAUUUGAUGUUUUUGCUGAGGUGCAAAAGCGAUUCGGAAAACUGCAUGCAACCUCAACGACGAGUAAAAAUAAGGGACCAAAACAAGAGAAAGUUUCAAACGUCGAAAAUAUACUGGACUUUUUACCAUUUCCCACGGUGGGAAUUGCUCUGCUAAAAGAGCAUCGACUCAAAACGCUGUACUGCUCGAAAGAAGCCAUGGAAUUUGUUUCAUUUAUAGCCGAAGCAAAUUGUAUACCCUUAGAUUCGAUAGUAUUCAUCGAUGAUCCACACGACACCCUAUUCAUCAACGAUAAAUUCGAUUUGAUUAUUCUGCCGUUGAUCGAUAGCUAUGGAGCAUUGAAUUCGAGUCAAGUGGCAAAUUAUGGUAUUUUAAAGGAAAAUAAAUUGACGCCAAAAGGUUUCAUGCUACCCGAAACGGUAGAGGUCAUGUGCAACAUUAUCAACUCAGGCUGGUUACGAACGGCGACACGUGUAAUCGAACCAGAGAUUGUGGAUCGUCUUCAAAUCGGUGCGCUAAUCAAUGAGUAUGCAACGACAUUGCAUCUAGAUCUAUUUGAAGACUUUAAUUGUAAGAUAUUGUACGAAGCGUAUCGAACGGCCAAUGUGCAACUGCAUGACAACUUUUAUGAAAUUGAGCACAAAUUAUACUUAGGCGAUGAUAAAACUAACACGGUCAGCACGGAACCAAACACCAACAACACCAAUGCCAUUCAUGGUGUGCUGUUUUAUUUUAAUAUUUUGUUGACCGCUUCAUCGAAAAAUACAAUUUCAACAAAGCGAAAAAAUUCAUUUGCUCGGAUAGGCUGUUUUAUAUUCAAUGAGAAUGAUGUGCACAGGGAAAAUGGUUUCGUUACAUUGAAAUACCGACAAAAUACAGGUGUAAUGAAAAUCGAUUUAAAAUAGCUGGUUUUUAAAACGUGUUUUCGUUGUCAUUGCACCACCUUCUUCUGCAAAAUAAUAAUAUAAAUAUGUAUUGUUUUCAAUUGAAAUGUCAUUUUUUCUCUCUCAAAUGUGUAUUUUUUUAUUAUGCGUUUUUUUUUCUGUUGAAACUUCAGUUAUCAGUAAUUAAACAAACGAAAAAAAAGGUACAAUAAUAAUUCAAAAUAAUAAAUGUAUAUUAUCAAAAUUGUAAAAGAAUUUUGACCAUAUAUAAUGCGAAUAAUAAAACUCAAUCCAACAUAAAGGAAUAAUACUAAAAAAAAAUAAA